AUGCCAUUGACAAUCCACCACCUGGGCCGCUCCCAAUCCGAGCGCAUUGUCUGGCUCGCUGAAGAACUCGGCAUCAAAUACAACUAUGUUUUCCACAAGCGCGAUCCCAUCUUCGCCCCUCAAUCAAUCAAAGACCUGCACCCUGCCGGAACCGCACCCGUAAUCGAGGACGACAGCUCGCCUCUCACGAAAAAGAAGGUCGUUCUCGCCGAAUCAGGCGCAAUCAUUGACUACAUCAUUGCCGCAUACGGUGAGGGGCGUCUCUCCCGCACCCCCAAGGAUGGCGAAGAAUAUGUGAACUUCCUAGAGUGGUACCACUGGGCAAAUGCCUCUCUCCAGCCCGCUCUCUUCCGUGUUCUCAUGACCCGCCGCCUCAGUAACGACCCUGAAGCCGUCCACGUUAAAGUGGGCACUGCGAAGCUGGAGAGGGCACUCUCGAUGGUUGAGACUCGCCUCGGGGAAACCGGUUCCUAUCUCGCCGGGAAUGACGUCACCGCCGCGGAUAUCAUGGCGAUCUGCACCUUGACGACCAUGAGAGGCUUCUGUCCCAUUGACUUUGACGAGGAGAAGCAUAAGAAUAUUCUGGCUUACUUGAAGCGGGUGGGUGAUCGCCCGGCUUACCAGCGGGCUAUGAAGAUCUGUGAGGGAGAGGACUUUGUGCCGUUUUUGGGUCCCAAGGCUGUGCCGUUCAACUUCCCCUAUUAG